AUGACCGGAAAAAAGAUCCUCAUCGUCCUCAGCGACGCCCACUCCUUUCCCCUAAAGAAAACCUCCGGCUCGGACGCCGGCAAAACAGUCGAACAACCAUCCGGCUUCUUCCUCAUGGAACUCGCCAAACCUCUACAAAAACUCCUCGACGCCGGCUACGAAGUAACCUUCGCCUCACCCAAGGGCCAGGAACCCGCCCCGGACCCAAACAGCGAAUCCCUCCUCGCCUUCGCAGGCAACUUCUACGAACGCCGACGCGAGAACGAGCUCAUCGACCGCAUGAAGCGGGAGAAUGGCUUCAGCCGGCCCCGGCCGCUCGGCUCCAUCAGCGACGAGGAGCUGGAUUCCUUCGCGGGGGUGUUCAUACCCGGGGGACAUGCGCCGCUCAAGGAUCUGGGUGGCGAUAAGGAGGUGGGUCGGGUGCUGCGGCAUUUCCACGCGAAGAGGAAGCCUACCGCGGCCAUCUGUCAUGGCCCGUUUGCGUUUCUGAGUACGAAGCAGGUCGGGGAUGGGUCGUUUAUAUAUAAGGGGUAUAAGAUCACGUGCUGGAGCGAUGCGGAGGAGAAGGUCAUGGAGACGAUGUUCGGUGGGGAGAUUGAGAAGGUGGAGUCGGCUCUGCGCAACGAGGGGGCCGAGAUGAUUGAGGGGGCCAAGGAGAAGGCUGGGAGUAUCACUGUUGACCGUGAGUUGGUGACGGGUGCGAAUCCGGUGGCGGCGAAUGCGUUGGGGGAUCAGUUUGUGAAGAUGCUGAGUGUUCAUUGA